CUCGAUCAAAUAGCAAAAACCAAAUAGUAACUGAUUCAAAUUCUUUAGAAAUUACAAAACCUUUGUUCCUCUGCAAAAAUGGCGUCCUUAAUUCUGCGUCAAAUUUUCUCUCUCCUGACAUACCUAACAAUAAUUCAAAUCUGCUUCGGAACCUCAAAUUCCGCGGAAAAAGUGUCUCUAGAUUUGUACUACGAGAGCUUGUGUCCGUACAGUGCCGACUUCAUCAUCAACAAACUCGCCGCAAUAUUUGAGAACGGGAUAAUUGACAUCGUUGACCUCCGUCUAUUUCCAUGGGGAAACGCCAAACUCACUUCCAAGAACUCCUUUACUUGCCAGCAUGGUCCUCAUGAAUGCUUACUGAAUACUGUUGAAGCUUGUGCAAUUCAUGCUUGGCCUAAUCUGGAUGAUCACUUUCCGUUUAUUAAUUGUGUUGAAAGUCGGGCUUACGAGGGCAAGUACUACAAGUGGGAAACUUGUUUCAAGGAGUUGGGUUUGGAUCCAGAACCUGUCAAUGUUUGUUACAAGGGUGAAGAAGGAAAAAAGCUUGAUCUAAAGUACGCAGCUCUAACUGCUGCCCUCGAACCUCCACAUGAAUAUGUGCCCUGGGUAGUUGUGGAAGGACAACCCCUUCUUGAGGAUUAUGAGAACUUUAUAAGUUACGUCUGCAAAGCUUACAAAGGACCUCAACCUAGCGCUUGCAAUGAAGUAUCCUUUGCAAGUGUUCUGAGAGAGAAGACUAAUCAUAUACACCCUGUUUGCUUCACAGAACAGACCGCAAAGGCGACGUUCCUAAUGAAAAUCCGAUCUUUCAUAACAUCAUGGAUGGAUCAGAUGAUAUAAGUCCUGCUAUUAUGUAAAAAUGCUUGUUUUUCACUGUAUCAAGAUGCCGUAGAGGCAUGUACGAAGUAGUUGUAGUGUAAAUAACGAGCCUUCUGUUACAGGAAUUCAAUCAUAUUCACUCUUAGCUUCCAAAAUUCCAAUUGCACCGAUAUUCCACCAUGUUUGUCUAAUGAAUGUUGUCUGUGUGUACCAAGUUGAACUCUGCAUGGUUCUUUUUUUAAUGGAAGGAUGACUUCAACAUAAAUUAGCAGA